ACGUGACAACAGUCCAUUAUUUUAUUUGUGUAGGAUGAAAAAUUUCCAAAGGUGUAUGUUUUUGGGAGGAUGCUAAAUAGGUAAUUCGAGCAAGGCGCAACCCCAAAGAGGGUGACCACAACCUUGAUUCAAUCCAUUCCCCUUUCUUCUCCAACAAAUUAGGGUUUCCCUUUUCCCAACAUUGCCACGCAUUCCCUAAUUACUCUUUCUUUCUUUUCUUUUCCACUUAAAUUUAAUUUCUUGAUAUGGAAGGCGGCGGGUCCACUCCGGCGGCGCCGAUUCCGAACGCGAACGCGCCGCCGCCGUUUCUGAGCAAGACCUACGACAUGGUGGAGGACCCUUCCACCGACGCGAUCGUGUCGUGGAGCGCAACGAACAACAGCUUCAUCGUGUGGGACCCACCCGAGUUCGCCAGAGACCUUUUGCCCAAAUACUUCAAACACAACAACUUCUCCAGCUUCGUUAGACAGUUAAACACUUACGGUUUCAGGAAGGUUGAUCCAGAUCGCUGGGAAUUUGCAAAUGAGGGUUUUUUGAGGGGUCAAAAGCACUUGCUUAGGAGUAUAACAAGACGAAAACCUGCCCAUGGCCAAAACCAUCAACAGCCUCAGCAACCACAUGGACAGAGUUCAUCGGUAGGGGCAUGUGUAGAAGUUGGGAAGUUUGGGCUUGAGGAAGAGGUUGAGAGGCUUAAAAGAGAUAAGAAUGUGCUCAUGCAAGAGCUUGUGAGGUUGAGGCAGCAGCAACAGACCACUGAUAACCAGAUGCAAACAAUGGUUCAGCGCCUUCAGGGAAUGGAGCAACGACAGCAGCAAAUGAUGUCAUUCCUUGCAAAAGCUGUCCAGAGCCCUGGCUUCUUUGCUCAGUUUGUACAACAGCAAAAUGACAGCAAUAGGCGCAUAACUGAAGUCAACAAAAAGCGUCGGCUUAAACAGGAAGGUAUGGCUGAAACAGAGCAUGCUGCUGCUCCAGAUGGACAAAUUAUUAAAUAUCAACCUAUGAUGAAUGAAGCAGCAAAAGAAAUGCUUAGGCAGGUCAUGAAAUGGGAUACUUCUCGUGUAGAAUCUUUAAAUAAAAAUUCUGAUAACUACAUGAUUGGUGAUGCUUCAUCAUCUUCCAGUGGAAUGGACAGUAGCAGCUCUUCAGGCUGGACUUCUGGAGUAACUCUUAAAGAGGUCUCUCCAGCUUCGGUGCAGUCUUCACAUAUUCAAGCUGCAACUGGGACUCAAGGGCAUGUCCCCUCAAUCGUUAAACCUGAAAUUUUAUCAGUAUCACAAGCAGUAGCUUCUGAAAAAGUUAUGAAUGAUGGAGCACAUGAUCCACCUUCUAUCCCUGUUUCUCGAGCAGAUGUAAUGAUCCCUGAUCUUCCUUCAAUAACAGAGAUGGUUGCAGGAAAUAUUCUUGAUAUUCCUGAAGAAAAUUAUAUGGCAACUGAGACAGAUGAGGGAUAUAUGGAUCCUUCAUUGGGGGCUGGGGGGUCAUUUCCCAUUGAUUUUGAAGGUAUUUCACCCGAUGCAGACAUUGAUGAUUUGUUAGCCAAUCCUAUUUGGGAUGAAAUUUUGCAAACUUCAGUUCCAGAGGAUAUUGAUACCAAUGUGGCCGAAGUAUCCAAAGGGAAUGAGGUCCAGCCAACGGAAAAUGGAUGGAACAAUACUCGACAUAUGGAUCACCUUACUGAGCAGAUGGGUCUUCUUUCUUCCAAUGCAAAAAGACCAUGAUAUUCAUAUUAAUCUUUCUUAUUGUCCUAGGUAAUCCCUGACCCAAACAAUACACGACUGAUAUAUAAUUACACUCCCACUUGAUCACUGAAAAAGACAAUGCUUUUCAUUUGGUCUUCAAUGGCUUUAGUUUGUUGUGCGUACGAAGAGCAAUCCAACUUUCUCAUGUGCAUUUACAUUGAUUUUUCUUGACUUUAUUUUGAAAACAAGUUGUGAACUUGUGGUCUUGUGAUGGCAUCCUCGGGAAGUGUUUGUGAUUACAUGAUCAGUUCUUCCAAUGUUAUGGGCAAUCUGUCAAGUUGAGUUAUAUGUGAAUUAGAUUUCUGUUUUCAGGUUUCCUUGGUGAGGGGGGAAAUGGGAAAAGGAGAACAUGUUGGACAGUGUUGGUAACGAUUGCUCAAGGCGUCUGAAAAAUGCACAUUAGAAGAUUUGCUUUCUGAACAAGGGCGGCAACAAUGGACUGCAGUGAUACGAUGUAAAGCUGCAGAGGCCUUUUUGUUUCUUGGUCAAUUUUAUUUUAUCCUUUCCGAGGUUAUGUUUCAACUUAUGGUAAAAUAGAAGGAAAUGAAAUUGACUGAUAUUAGGCACCAUUGUUGGAAUUGUUUAUAACAGAAUGGAAUUUAUUCCAUUUCUUUUUAUCCAAUUCUCUUACCCCCUUUAUGAUAGAACUAUUUUAUUGUUUGUCAACCAAUCUCCUUAUCAUUCUGUUUUCUUGAAUAAUGAAAUGAAAAAUUCUUAUA